UUUCUUUUCAGACGCGCGCCACAGAAUAAUAAGGACAGAAACGUGUGUCACCGCAGGGAGCUCCAUUAUUACGUUGAUACGCAUAUAUGUAAGAUAACGUAUUGUAUGCAGUAUACGCAGAAGUCGAAUGAAAAAAAAACAAUGCAGACACCUAAUGGAAGGGAAAACAUCGUCAGAAUAAAGGACAGAAACGUGUUUCACCGCAGGAGCCUCAUUAUUGCGUGAUACGCCUAUAUUUAAGAUAACGUAUUGUAUGCAGUAUACGCAGAAGACGAAUGAAAAAGAACAAUGCGGACACAUGAGAAGGAAGGGGAGAGGAAACUGAGUGAGGUCGCGAGUAUAGAAGUAUAACGAACUUAAGAAACAAUUUGCGACAGAUGAAAAUUCCCAAUUUAAUCUUAUAUACCAAUCAGAACCAUGAUCCGAGCCAUACUGGAAAGCGGUUGGCAUCCCGCUUUGAGCGACGUUCAAUAACGUGGCAAUCCAGGCGGUCAUAUAGAUUAUCAGGAACGAAAGAAAAAAGAAAAAGCUAUUGAUGUUGUUUAUCCACACCGCAAUACACGAUUGUGAUUCUCUCGUCAAGAAAAUUAGGCGAACCUUCCGCCCUUGGAUCCUAAUUCGUGAAUGGUGAAUCUUGAUCGUUCAUUGGAUCGCUCACGGUUCAUGAUCAUCAUCGAGGUUCAUCGAGGUUGAACCCGUGAUCGUAACACGAAAAACACGAAAAGUCUAAUUUCCAUAGUGGCAACACCGCAACAGGAAUUGGCGGGAAAUGGUUGAAAAGAAAACAAAGAUGAAAGAUGACUAACCGUAGGGAAGAACUUUUAGAUGUGAUAAAGGAGGGAAAGCACGAUGAUUUCGUUGCGUUUAUUAAACUACAUAAUUCUCGAAAUGAUCCGUUCAACUUGGCCGAGAUUAUUCAAUCCUUGUCUCGUAAACAAUAUGAAGAGAUGUGGUGUGGUUUGAGUGAAAUAUGUACCAAAAUCCUGACAUCCUUUGACCUGGAUCCAGAUAGUAAUACAGUAGAGUGUAUUGGGCAUCAUGAUGACGUUCUUAUUGGAAUCAGUACAAUGGCUUUAUGUUCUGUGAAGACAGAGGAACCAAAUAUAAUUGCUCCAUUAUUACAAGUAGCAGUAAUGUUACAAGGAAUUCUGUUAGCUCUUCCGGAAAACUGUGGUAAAUUGCAACUAUCAAUUGCCCAUCUUUGUGAAACCUGGUUUCUUGCUGGAUUAGAGGGAAAAGAGGAACUAGUUACCUCUAUGUUACCAUUUUUUAUUAUCAAAACUCUUGCCCAAGGCAUGGUGGUCGAUGUUAAACGUCUUUGGAGUUUACGUCAAGUUUUGCUGUUGAUGGAUUUCGAAGAUGAAAGUUCAUGUUCACUGAAGGCUUCACUUCUACAAUGCCUCAUUCAUCCCGUUGUUUUGAAAGUAGAAGAAGGUCGGAGGUUCCUGAGUUACCUUUUUGGUAUGCAUCCAAAAUUUACCGAGGAAAUUCACAAAGUAAUCAAACAACAAAUUCCAUCGUGCCCAAUCGGAACACUGGUUGUAUACGGAGAGAUUUAUUUUAAAGCAUGGCGCGCCGCAAAAGAUGUAUAUCUUGAGAAAAUUGAAGUGUUUUGCCUUCAAGAUUUGAUGUUUCAUGCAGUUCAUGCUCAGCGAACUGGUAGAAACUCGAUGGCCUCUAGACUUAAAAAGCUUUUAGGAUAUUUUCAUCAGCAAAAGAAGCAUCCAGGAGUGGAUAUGGUUUUAUUAAAACUUUAUGAGCCUAUCAUAUGGAGAGCUUGUAAGGUUGCAAAUCCCAGUGUUCGCGCUAAUGCUGCGGCUGUUUUGUUUGACGUAUUUCCAUUGAACAAUUCAAACGCAAAUGUUGCCCAAUCAGAUGAAUUGUUACAACGACAAUUCGAGGUCAUUGCGGAUUUUUUAAAUGAUCCGUCACCAGACGUUCGAGCCACUGCAGUUCAUGGUGUGUUUCAUAUCGUUGCGUUAUUCUGGGAAGUGAUACCAGCGCAUGUUGUCAAGGAACUUGUUAGCAAGAUAUUUGAGACAUUAGCUUAUGACGUGUCAUCAUCUGCUGUCAGAGUAGCAGUCUUCCAGGGUGUGAAGUACGUGUUGGACAAUCGUCUCUGUCAUCCUUUGCUCAAAUCUUUGUUACCAAGCUUGAAGAAUCUACUUCACGAUAACUCGGAGAGUGUUAGAAUUGCGUUUCUUGAUCUGUUAUUGAAAGUAAAAGGAAUGAGGUCGAUAAAGUUUUGGGCUAUCGUGCCCAUGGAACAUUUGCUGGCUCGUUUAGAAGUUGAGCAAUCAACACCUGUCAUUCGACGGAUUGUUAAGUUGUUGAUGAAUUCCUUUCAUCCAGCUAAUAAAGAGAGUAAUGACCUGCUAGAUCGUUGUGCAGGAUUAUGGAAAGCAAAUGCUCAAGCAGCGAGAAAAUUUUAUCAAUAUGCUCACUUACAGAUGUCAUUAACAACAGCAGUUAAGUUUCUUCUUCUUGUGUGCAAGUAUCUUAUGAGAUCUUCAACUUACGAUGACAACGCCAUUGCAGAUGAAGAAAAUAACAAUGAAACGCGAGACGCUGUUGAUAAAGAAAAUGAUGCGGCCUCUCAAGACGAGCCGGAGGAGACUGAGCACUGGAACAACGACAAUGAUUGUGGAACAAUUGCUGGUCUUUUGGAGACAUGCGUUAUCGUAUGGGAAGGCAUCAAGGAUCAACUCGAUAAGCCGUCUCAAGAAACACUAAAAUUGAAUCUCAACAAAGAAUUUGCAAAAUUGAUUCCAAAACUCUUCAACUGUAUUAAGGAUAAUCGUUGUCAUUCCUCGCUUACUUUAUUGGCAGCUUAUCUGUCGCCGAAACUUGUUCCACCGUUAAGACAUCAUUUUACCUCAAUUCUCUCUUCAAUGAAUGACGAGACACCACGUGACGUAUAUGGUCCAUUGAUUGAAUGCGUUUGUUCUUGGGGUCAGUCGAAGGAUGUUAUUGAAUUGAUUAAUGACAGACUACAAUCUGGUUUACAAGAAAGCCCGAUGAAGUCAAGUGCGACAAAACGAAGAAAAAAGAAUGUCAGUUUCUCGAUACCUCAAACAAAAUCAUCCGUCAGCCUGGAUUUUCUUGACUGGAUAAUGACCAGUCCAAGAUGUCGCUCUUUUAUAUUUGAUGCUAAAAGUAAAGAAGAUGUUGAAGUCUUAUCAGAAACCCUGAAAAGCUCUUUGAGGUGUAUCGAGAAAUAUCUUUCAGUUUAUACGACGUAUACAGACAGCACGGAGAGAAAAGACUUUCUAAGCAAAGCUUUUCAAAGCUACUUUCGGAUGCAAAUUCAUCUUUUCGCCCACGAGAAGCAAGACCUAGAAACAAGUGAGGAAGAAAGGACUUGUGAUAAUGAUAUUAUUGUUUCGUUCAAGAAUAUGCUAAACUGGUGUGAUGGUGUAUUAUUACGAUCUCUCGAUGAAAGAACUGGUGAAGAAGAACCAGAAUCUCGACAGAGAAGUGUAUAUCAUGAAUCACAACCAGACGAGUUUGUUAUUUCCAUUUUGAAGGACGUGAUGAUCCUGUUUUCAGAGCUCGUGGUGAUUGGAAUUAGCAAGCAUGAACUCAACAUGUCCCUUGCGAUAUUUACCUCGUCUUUACUGAAAUUUGGAAAAACGAUCGUGUUGUUACCCGAAAUUGGAAAGUUGGUGUACCAAAUUGCUCAAGGCAUUACUUAUUCAGAUGAUAAUGUUGAUUUAGAUUUUACCCCAAUCAAGCUAAUGCUGGAAAAUAUUUUUAAUGCAUCGAUAACAUAUUGUCAUCAUGAAGAGCGCCAGAUUUUAAUGUCUCUUCGCCCAGUUUUGAUCGAACUCUUUAAGAUGUUUUUACAGAAUAAUCCUAUGACUUCAGUAAAUGUGAAAGAAAGUCUUCUUCACGUCAUUGUAAACGCCAUGUUGAAAGAUUUGGUAUCUGCUAUAGAUCAGAAUCCAUCAUUGACGUGUAAAAGUGAAAUGGAUAUUCUCCCUAACACUUGCAGUCUUCUGCUUGACAUAAUUCGCAAGUCCAAACAUUUGAUGCGGACUUUGGUUGAAGAGUUGACAAAAUGUGUUAAAGUCGGAACUCUGAAGGAACUAGAGUACCAAGCAGCAGCAUAUAUAUUGUGGGUUGUGAUCGAUAAUGGAAAUUUUGUCGAAAACAUGCAACCAUGUAUAACAGAAUUACAAAAAGCUCUUGACAGUUUGGACAAUGGGAAUGGGGAGACUUCUCGAAAUGUCCACGACGCGAAACGUUUACUUUUUGAGUCGUGCAAGAAGAUAGAAGAGACUUCCAGAAGCCAAGAUAAUUAAAAAAACACUGAAAAAAGCAUGAACAAUUUUAUCUGUAGCUAUAGUUGGCAAAAGGGGCGUAUAAAUAUAACUUUUAAGAAUGUAGAGAAUAGACUAUAUGCGUUGGAAUUUGUAGGAAAAGAAUCUGUCCAUGUGUAAUUUCAUUGACCGCGGUUUUAGAGUCGUUAAGUGGCGGGGCGGGGGGCUAACAACAUGUAUUUAU